GGAGCUGUGACACUGCUAACGCGGUUAGCCCGGAGUCUCGGCCUGUCAACCGUGGACAAAGCGCUUAGCUAGAUCGGCUCAAGGACAUCGAGAGGAGCCAGCGAUGUAAUCUCGAUCAGCGGAACAACCAUCGAUAUCAGAUUCAGAGACUGAAGCCUUCAGUCUAAUUCCAUCCCAUCUGUGAAGUGACUUUUCUAAAAUUUUAGCAAUAUGGCGGACGGUAAGCAGAGCAGUGGGAAUAAUCCUCCGGCCAAGCUUGUGAUUCAGCAGUGUCUGUCUGCCAGGCUACAAGUCCAGCCGCCAUCAGAUGAUGUGGAGGCUGAAUAUGUAGAGAUUGAACGAGGAGUUGUUCUCUAUGUGUGCUUCUUGAAGGGAGCAGAUCAAGAUAUACAUGUAGUAGAAAAGAUGGCCAAAUUUGCCCUAAACAUACGCCUCAGCGAGGCACUCACAGACUCCAAGCUAGUCUCCAUCUUAGAUCUACCUGGAGAUGUCCUCAUCGUUCCCCAGGCAACGCUCGGUGGCAAGGCCAAAGGAAAGAUGAUGCAGUACCAUGCCAACAUCCCAAAGGAUACGGGGAGAGAACUUUAUCAAAAGUUUGUUGAACUCUGUCGUGAUACCCUAGCGAGCAAUGCAAGGACGUCGGAAGCGAAUUGCAAGGUCAGAAGCGGGACCUAUGGAAAUAGGCAAGUGUUGUCUCUAGUGACCAAUGGACCCUUUACACAUACAAUGGAGUUUUGACGUAUACCGGUAACCAGUGACCUGAUGAACUAUGCUGUGGCCUUUGCAGGCAAUGCAAAAGUUGCCCGGUAGUUGCCCGGUAGGAUGCAAAAGCUAAUGUGCUUAGAUUAGCAAGUGUGCGCUUGUAAAAAUGACACCUGGCUGG